AACUAUUUGUACUCUAAAUUUUUCACUGACAAAUUAUAAGUCAUUCUUGGAAUAAUUUAAAAAUUAUACUUUUUUUCUUUCUUUCUACAAAAGAUGGAGAGUUUGCUUUGUGAUGAAAUUUGGCUAGAAAAAGAAGAAGGAUUAAAAAAUGAUGUUGAAAAUUCUUGCUUUUUUAAAUCAAAAGAAGAUUGUGAAGAAGCUUUUGAGAUUUUAUUAGACAAGGAAAUAAGUUACAUGCCUAAAAUAGGCUAUGUGAAGUUUAUAAAAGAGAAUUGUUUUAUUGAUAAUGCAAGGUUCAAAGCUAUUCAUUGGCUUAUUAAGUCUCAAAGGAGGUGGAAUCUCUCAUUUGGAACUGUAUUUGGUGCUGCAAGUUACCUUGAUCAGUUUAUCUCUUUAAACAAGUGCCAGGGAUGGAAAUAUUGGAUGUUUGAGUUACUCUCAAUUGCAUGUUUGUCUGUGGCCUCUAAAUUUCAUGAAACAAGUCCCCCUCAAUUGCUUGAAUUACAGAUGGAAGGAGUUGGACAUUUGUUUGAAUCAACAAUGAUUCAACGUAUGGAAUUGGCAUUAUUGGAGACUUUAGGAUGGAGAUUAAAUUCUACAACACCAUAUUCAUAUAUUGAAUUAUUUCAAUGGAGUAUUAAUUCACUCAAAAGUGUCAAUGACCUACUUCUUCGAAUUCUUCUAGAUGCUAAAUUCUUGGAGUUCAGGCCUUGUGUGAUUGCACAAUCUGUUGUUACAUGCAUUUCUGAAGAUUUGUCUCUAUUAAUAGAUGACUCUUGUUUCAAUAAUUUUACUAGGCUCAUACCUCAAGAUCAAAAGGAUGAUAUAAGCAAGUGUCAAAGAAUGAUGAUAAAUAAACAAUUCUUGAUUAAGGAAUUUCAAGAAUUAAUCAUAACAAGUGGAGUUUUUAAUUAUGGCCCUUCAAGUCCAGUAACUGUAUUGACAAUGGAUCAACAUGACUUGUGUGAUAUUCCUCAAGGGGACAUCAAUUACAUUUCUAAUGCUAAUAAACGUAAAAGGGAACGUUGACGAACGCGUCGGACAGACGUCAAGUGGUUGAAUUUUUUUAUUUUCGAGGACGAAUUUAUCAAAUUUGAUCGAUUCUAAAAAUGUUGUUUGUUAAUUUUAUGUUGUUGUACUAGCUAGAAGUUUGGGUGAGGAUCGAGA